ACGAUGGCCACAACAACGUCCUUCAAAGACCGCAAUCUCAUUGCGGUCAUUGGAGACGAGGAUUCAAUCACUGGGCUUCUACUUGCGGGAAUCGGACAUAUCAAUGAGCACCAAAAGAAGAACUUCCUCGUCGUAGAUGCUAAAACUCAGGUAGCCACGAUUGAGGCCGCGUUCCAGGAAUUCACUGAAAGAAAAGAUAUUGCUAUUCUAUUAAUCAACCAACAUAUCGCGGAGAAAAUAAGGCCGACAGUCGAUAAAUACCAACAAGCGUUCCCCGCACUGCUGGAGAUUCCGUCAAAGGACCACCCCUACGACCCGUCAAAGGAUUCCAUCCUCAAACGCGUUCAGAAGUUGUUUGGAGAUUGACGGGAAUACCAUGAGCUUUCUGUCCUUCAAACUCUAGAUACUGUCAUUGCCUUGUUGUAAACUAAUAGUCCUCGAAGCAGGUUUCACAGAG